AUGUGGAAAUUGAAAACUUGUGAUUUUCCACAAAUCAAAAAUGGACAUCUAUAUUAUGAAGAGAUACGCAGACCCUACUUCCCAGUACCUAUAGGCAAGCAGUUCAGCUAUUACUGUGACAGCGGAUUUGGGCUUCCUUCUGGGUACAGUUGGGACUACAUGAAGUGUACCGAAGAUGGGUGGGAGCCUGCAGUGCCAUGCCUCAGACAAUGUGUUUUCCAUGAUGUGGAGAAUGGAGAAUCUCCAUACUGGCAAAGAACAUAUGUACAGGACCAGUCUGUAAAAGUCAAGUGUCACUCUGGCUACAGUCUUCCAAAUGGCCUGGACACAAUUUCGUGUACAGAGAAUGGCUGGUCUACUCAACCCAAAUGCAUCCGCAUCAAUUCAACAAAGGCAUGUGGGCCUCCACCACCUAUUGACAAUGGAGACAUCACCUCCUUCCCUCUAUCCGUAUAUGCCCCAUCAUCAUCAGUUGAAUAUCAGUGCCAGUCCUUGUACCAACUGCAGGGUAACAAGACAGUAACAUGUAGAAAUGGAGAGUGGUCUGAGAAGCCAAAAUGUUUAUCAAUGAAAACUUGUGAUUUUCCACAAAUCAACAAUGGACAUCUAUAUUAUGAAGAGACCCGCAGACCCUACUUCCCAGUACCUAUAGGCAAGCAGUUCAGCUAUUACUGUGACAGCGGAUUUGGGCUUCCUUCUGGGUACAGUUGGGACUACAUGAAGUGCACCAAAGAUGGGUGGGAGCCUGCAGUGCCGUGCCUCAGUAAGUUAGACACAAAAAUUGAAAAUGAGUGUCUUUCUGAAUAUGCUCUUAAAUUUUAUCUAAAUAGAAAAACAAAGUAUAGGUACAAACAGUGAUAUUUAACAUUGAAUGGAGAAACAUCAGGAACAAUUACCUGCCUCCAAAAUGGAUGGUUCUUUCAAUACUCAUGCAUUAACUCUUGUGAAAGGCCUGUGUUUGAGAAUGCUCGAACAGAAAAUAACAGCACAUGGUUUAAACUCAAUGAUAAAUUAGACUAUGAAUGUAAUGAUGGAUAUGAAAACAAACAUAAACAUACGAAAGACUCCAUAACAUGCAAUUUUGAUGGCUGGUCUGAUAUUCCUUCAUGUUUUGAUUCAACAAAGGCAUGUGGGCCUCCACCACCUAUUGACAAUGGAGACAUCACCUCCUUCCCUCUAUCAGUAUAUGCCCCAUCAUCAUCAGUUGAAUAUCAGUGCCAGUCCUUGUACCAGCUGCAGGGCAACAAGACAAUAACAUGUAGAAAUGGAGAGUGGUCACAGAAGCCAAAAUGUUUGCGUCCAUGCACAGUAUCAGAAGAAAUUUUGGAAAAGCAUAACAUAAUUUUCAAAUGGGCCGAAAAGCAAAAACGGUAUUAUGAAUCAGGAAGUAUGCAAGAAUUUAAGUGUAAAAAUGGGUAUCAUCUGGCAACCUCUCAACCGUUACUCACAAUUUGCAUUGAUGGUCACAUAAAUUAUCCCACUUGCACAAAAUCACAUUAA